AUCUCCGAGCGCAGCGCCGGCGCUGCCGAGCCACCUCCCCCGCCGCCCGCUAGCAAGUUUGGCGGCUCCAAGCCAGGCGCGCCUCAGGAUCCAGGCUCAUUUGUUUCCACCUAGCUUCGGUGCGCCCUGCUAGGCGGGGACCCUCGGGAGCGAUGCCGAUGGAUGUGAUUUUAGUUGUGUGGUUCUGUGUGUGCACUGCCAGGACAGCAGAAGAUAGGAAGCCACCCGUGUUAUCGCUGAUAUGGAGUACUAGAGUUCUGAAGUCUCUGCUUCAGCAAUUCCUUCAGGGAGUGGUGGGCUUUGGGAUGGACCCUGACCUUCAGAUGGAUAUCAUCACCGAGCUUGACCUUGUGAACACCACCCUUGGAGUGGCUCAGGUGUCUGGAAUGCACAAUGCCAGCAAAGCAUUUUUAUUUCAAGACAUAGAAAGAGAGAUCCAUGCAGCUCCUCAUGUGAGUGAGAAAUUAAUUCAGCUGUUCCGGAACAAGAGUGAAUUCACCUUUUUGGCCACUGUACAGCAGAAGCCAUCCACUUCAGGAGUGAUACUGUCCAUUCGAGAACUGGAGCACAGCUAUUUUGAACUGGAGAGCAGCGGCCUGAGGGAUGAGAUUCGGUAUCACUACAUACACAAUGGGAAGCCAAGGACAGAGGCACUUCCUUACCGGAUGGCAGAUGGACGAUGGCACAAGGUUGCACUGUCAGUUAGUGCCUCUCAUCUCCUGCUCCACGUCGACUGUAACAGGAUUUAUGAGCGUGUGAUAGACCCUCCAGAUACCAACCUUCCCCCAGGAAUCAAUUUAUGGCUUGGCCAGCGCAACCAAAAGCAUGGCUUAUUCAAAGGGAUCAUCCAAGACGGGAAGAUCAUCUUUAUGCCGAAUGGAUAUAUAACACAGUGUCCAAAUCUAAAUCGCACUUGCCCAACCUGCAGUGAUUUCUUAAGCCUGGUACAAGGAAUAAUGGAUUUACAAGAGCUUUUGGCCAAGAUGACUGCAAAACUAAAUUAUGCAGAGACAAGACUUAGUCAAUUGGAAAACUGUCAUUGUGAGAAGACUUGUCAAGUGAGUGGACUACUCUAUCGAGACCAAGACUCUUGGGUAGAUGGUGACCACUGCAGGAACUGCACUUGCAAAAGUGGUGCCGUGGAAUGCCGAAGGAUGUCCUGUCCCCCUCUCAAUUGCUCCCCAGACUCCCUCCCGGUGCACAUUGCUGGCCAGUGCUGUAAGGUCUGCCGACCAAAAUGUAUCUAUGGAGGAAAAGUUCUUGCAGAAGGCCAGCGGAUUUUAACCAAGAGCUGUCGGGAAUGCCGAGGUGGAGUUUUAGUAAAAAUUACAGAAAUGUGUCCUCCUUUGAACUGCUCAGAAAAGGAUCACAUUCUUCCUGAGAAUCAGUGCUGUCGUGUCUGUAGAGGUCAUAACUUUUGUGCAGAAGGACCUAAAUGUGGUGAAAACUCAGAGUGCAAAAACUGGAAUACAAAAGCUACUUGUGAGUGCAAGAGUGGUUACAUCUCUGUCCAGGGAGACUCUGCCUACUGUGAAGAUAUUGAUGAGUGUGCAGCUAAGAUGCAUUACUGUCAUGCCAAUACUGUGUGUGUCAACCUUCCUGGGUUAUAUCGCUGUGACUGUGUCCCAGGAUACAUUCGUGUGGAUGACUUCUCUUGUACAGAACACGAUGAAUGUGGCAGCGGCCAGCACAACUGUGACGAGAAUGCCAUCUGCACCAACACUGUCCAGGGACACAGCUGCACCUGCAAACCGGGCUACGUGGGGAAUGGGACCAUCUGCAGAGCUUUCUGUGAAGAGGGCUGCAGAUAUGGUGGAACGUGUGUGGCUCCUAACAAAUGUGUCUGUCCAUCUGGAUUCACAGGAAGUCACUGCGAGAAAGAUAUUGAUGAAUGUUCAGAGGGAAUCAUUGAGUGCCACAACCAUUCCCACUGCGUUAACCUGCCAGGGUGGUACCACUGUGAGUGCAGAAGCGGUUUCCAUGACGAUGGGACCUAUUCACUGUCCGGGGAGUCCUGUAUUGACAUCGAUGAAUGUGCCUUAAGAACUCACACCUGUUGGAACGAUUCUGCCUGCAUCAACCUGGCAGGGGGCUUUGACUGUCUCUGCCCCUCUGGGCCCUCCGAUGGCAAGAUAUUCUGCCGACGGACGGCUUGUGAUUGCCAGAAUCCAAGUGCUGACCUUUUCUGUUGCCCAGAAUGUGACACCAGGGUCACAAGUCAAUGUUUAGACCAAAAUGGUCACAAGCUGUAUCGAAGUGGAGACAAUUGGACCCAUAGCUGUCAGCAAUGUCGGUGUCUGGAAGGAGAGGUAGAUUGCUGGCCACUCACUUGCCCCAACUUGAGCUGUGAGUACACAGCUAUGCUAGAAGGGGAGUGUUGUCCCCGCUGUGUCAGUGACCCCUGCCUAGCUGAUAACAUCGCCUAUGACAUCAGAAAAACUUGCCUGGACAGCUAUGGUGUUUCAAGGCUUAGUGGCUCAGUGUGGACGAUGGCUGGAUCUCCCUGCACAACCUGUAAAUGCAAGAAUGGAAGAGUCUGUUGUUCUGUGGAUUUGGAGUGUCUUCAAAAUAAUUGAAGUAUUUAAAAUGGACUCAUCGCAGAAGAAUGGACAAAAUGACCAUCCAACGUGAUUAAGAAUAGGAAUUGGUGGUUUGGGGUUUUUUUCUGUUUGUUUUUUUAACCACAGACAAUUGCCAAAGUUUCCAUCUGAGGAAGGUGUUUGGAGGUUGCCUUUUGGACCUACCACUUUGCUCAUUCUUGCUAACCUAGUCUAGGUGACCUACAGUGCAGUCUAUUUAAGUCAAUGGUUGUUAAAAGAAGUUUCCCGUGUUGUAAAUCAUGUUUCCCUUAUCAGAUCAUUUGCAAACACAUUUAAAUGAUCUCAUGGUAAAUGUUGAUGUAUUUUUUGGCUUAUUUUGUGUACUAACAUAAUAGAGACUCAGCUCCUUUUAUUUAUUUUGUUGAUUUAUGGAUCAAAUUCUAAAAUAAACUUGCCUGUUGUGAUUUUUGUCCCAUCUACUG